GCGUUUUGUAUGCCUCGCGUUCAACACAUGGCUUGAAACUCCAAAAUCGAACGUUCGCUGCGGACGUCGAUGGCCGAGCACCCGCGGGCCCUCUCGCUGGCGCUCAUGGCAGACCGCAAGGCGCCGACGAUGCGUCUGCAGAGAGAGCUGCGGCGGCCCGCGAUGCGCCUGCCCUUCGACGACGAGCUUCUCGAGACGCGCCAAGCAGCCAAGUCGCCGGCGUCGCCGACCGAGAUUGUUCGACCCAAGUCGCGACUGCGCGUGCCCACAAAGUACCGCGGCCGAGCACUGGAGCCGACGACGACGCGCAAGCAGUUGCGACCAGCUGCUUCGCCCCGGGGUCUGUCCGAGGACGACGACGAGCCAUCCAUCUUUGGCUCGUACCGCAGCACGCAGACAAGCCCCACGUGGACCAAGACGCGCGCUUCAUCGGCGACAGCGUCGCCGUUGACGUCGACCGACCUCUCAGACGACGGCGACUUGCUUUCGCCAAGUCUUCGAUCGUUCUCGUCGUUGUCGCGGGCCGCAUCGGACGACCGGUUCGAGUUGGCGCGCCGCCACAAGAGCAACAACGACGAUGACACCACCGAGAAGCGUUCCGUGUCCCGUUUGCAGCAGCCAAUGUUGCUCACGCCGCCACGGUCCAUGGGGCGUAUGACGCCUGCGACACUCUCUCCGGCGAGCUCGCCAGAGCCGCCACAGCGCACCUCGGUGUUUCGGCGUCCGCUCGCGCCGCCGUCGCCAAUCUCACGGUCGACGGAGACGCUGCUGCUGACGCGCGUGCAUUAUUUAACAGAGGCGCUUGUGAGUGCCAACCAGUACCACAAGAAGACGCAAGAGCACUUGGCGUGGGCGCUGCAGUCGAUGGCGCCGUCGGACCCGUCGACGCAUCGUCGUCCGGCACCACAGCGCGAUGACGGCCGACUCUCGGCGCUCUCCGACUGCGUCUCGGCGCUGCAACUCGACCAGCGCGCGCUCAAGCAAACCUUUCACGCGCACGUCACCGCGUUCACACACGAUUUCGACCAGCUGCGCCGCAUGGUCACGCAGCAGCAAGACAAGGCCGUGCACCAGAGCUCGCACGUGCGCGCGCUGCAGUCGCAGUACGCAGCCUUGCUCGACGAGCGCAAGAAGCUGCACAAUACCAUCCAAGAGCUCCGCGGCAACAUUCGUGUGUACUGCCGCAUCCGCCCCAUCGUCGGGCGGCUUGGUGUGCGUGUUGACUCGCAUGAAGCGCUCACGGUCAAGACCGACGACGCGUCCGAGACCUCGUUUGUCGUCGACAAGGUGUUUGACGAGCGCACGUCCCAGCGAGACGUCUACUACGAGAUCGCACCGCUCGUCACAUCCGCGCUCGAUGGCUACAACGUGUGCAUCCUUGCCUAUGGCCAAACGGGGUCGGGCAAGACGCAUACGAUGCUUGGUGACGUCCGCAGCGUCGAGACGAGCGGUAUCUCAAUCCGCGUGUUUGAGCAGCUUUUUGAGCAAAAUCGCACUGGCGACACCCACGUGGAGCUUUCGGUCGUGGAGAUUUAUAACGAAAAACUCGUCGACCUCCUCGGCUCCGGACAGCCCAAGCUCGAGAUUCACUUGGACAAGAAGGCUGGCGUCUCGGUGCCCAACCGCCGCUGGAUCGCCAUGACGUCGGUGCGUCAGUGCGUGCAGACCAUGGACCGAGCGCUGCGACACCGCGCUGUGGGCGCCAACGACCUCAACGACGCCAGCAGCCGAUCGCACUGCAUCACGUCGGUGCGGAUACGACGGCACCACGCGUCGUUGCCGCAGACGACCGAGUCCAAAGUGCACCUCGUCGACCUUGCAGGCUCGGAGCGUCUCGGGACGUCCAACUCGCAUGGCGAUCGGCGCACGGAGGCGCAGCACAUCAACAAGUCGCUCAGUGCGCUUCGCCAUGUGCUCUUGCAGCUUAAGAACAAGGACGCGUACGUCUCGUACCGCAACAGCAAGCUCACGAUGCUGCUGCAAGACGCAAUUGGGGGGCACGCCAAGACGCUGCUGCUUCUCUGCGUCAACCCGCUCGCGACCAACGCGCUCGAAACGAAAUGCUCGCUUGUCUUUGGCGAGCGUGCGAACGCCGUCGAGCUUGGCAAGGCCAAGCAGCACGUGAUGCGUUCGCCAACGUAACACAGGCUGUCUUGGCUUCAUAUCUCGCCGAAGGGAUGGUUCCG